AAAAUAAAUGACGGGCGCCACGAAAAUUGAUUGAUUGCUUUUCCAUUUAUUUCUCUCUCUCUCUCUCUCGCUCUCUCUCACUCUGAUCCCAAACUUCUUCUCUUCGUUACCUGCUCCUGCUUCUCACUUCUGAUUCUUCUUUUCCAACUCCCAGAUGGCGCUCUCCGCCUUCCGUUGGUUUACUCUAUGAAGGAAUGGAGCAUUGAUCUUUGAGGGGUUGUUGUCUGUGACUCUGUUCAGUCUUCUGGAACUGGAAUUCGAUUUUUCUCCCUUCUAGUUCUAGAUAUUCUUUUUUGUUUUGGAAAUUGAAGAAGAUGGGUUUGAUUUCUGGAAUUCUAAUGGGGACGAUCGUCGGGAUCGCCAUGAUGGCUGGUUGGCGACACAUGAUGAGGUACAGAAGCACUAAACGUAUCGCUAAGGCAGUUGAUAUAAAACUUCUUGGAUCCCUUGGCAGAGAUGACUUGAAGAAAAUUUGUGGUGAUAAUUAUCCUGAAUGGAUAUCUUUCCCUGUGUAUGAACAAGUCAAAUGGUUGAAUAAGCAACUGAGCAAAAUGUGGCCUUUUAUUGCUGAUGCAGCAACGAUGGUCAUAAGAGAAUCUGUUGAACCACUAUUGGAAGAAUAUCGACCUCCAGGGAUUACUUCGCUGAAGUUCAGCAAACUCUCUCUUGGAAAUGUGGCACCUAAGAUUGAAGGCAUUCGUGUUCAGAGCCUUAAGGAAGGUCAGAUCACAAUGGAUAUCGACUUUCGAUGGGGCGGUGAUCCAAGCAUCAUACUUGCUGUUGAAGCAGCACUUGUUGCAUCACUUCCUAUUCAGUUGAAGGACCUUCAGGUUUUCACUGUUGCACGUGUUAUCUUCCAACUUGCUGAAGAGAUCCCUUGCAUUUCUGCUGUUGUUGUUGCUCUCCUUUCUGAGCCAAAGCCUAGAAUAGAUUAUACAUUGAAAGCUGUUGGAGGAAGCUUAACAGCAAUACCUGGACUUUCUGAUAUGAUAGAUGAUACUGUGAAUUCGAUUAUCAGUGACAUGCUUCAAUGGCCCCAUCGGAUUGUUGUUCCAAUUGGUGGGAUACCUGUAGAUACAAGUGAUUUGGAACUUAAACCGCAGGGGAAGCUUACAGUGACUGUAGUAAAAGCAAAUGAAUUAAAGAAUAUGGAAAUGAUUGGUAAAUCUGAUCCUUAUGUGGUUUUGUACAUUCGACCUUUAUUCAAGGUUAAAACAAAGGUUAUCGACAAUAAUCUGAAUCCUGUAUGGAAUGAAACAUUUGAGCUGAUUGCUGAAGAUAAGGAAACACAAGCACUUGUCCUUGAGGUUUUUGAUAAGGAUGUUACACAAGACAAGAGAUUGGGCAUAGUAAAAUUACCUUUGCAUGGCUUGGAACCUGAUAUUCCAAAAGAGCUUGAUUUGAGACUGCUACCGUCACUUGAUAUGAUGAAAAUUAUAGAUAAGAAGGACAGGGGAUCUCUCACAGUUAAGGUCUUGUACCAUCAGUUCAACAAGGAAGAACAGUUGGCAGCCCUGGAAGAAGAAAAGAGGAUCCUAGAAGAGCGGAAAAAACUGAAAGAAGCAGGGCUAAUUUCAAGCACAAUGGAUGCACUAGAUGGAGCAGCUUCAUUGGUUGGAUCGGGGGUUGGACUAGUGGGAACUGGUAUCGAAACAGGAGUUGGUCUGGUGGGAAGUGGACUUGGUGCGGGAGCUGGGCUUGUUGGGAGUGGUAUCAAUGCUGGAGUUGGGUUUGUGGGAAGCGGUCUAGGUGCCGUUGGCAGUGGCUUGAGCAAGGCAGGAAAGUUCAUGGGCAGGAGCUUAACAGGGCAAUCUGGCUCUUCCAAGAAGAGUGGAAGCAACACUCCAGUAACACCAACAGAAGAAAAUGGUGGGGGAAAAACAGCAUAAGCCUUUUCCAUAUGGCUGUAGACCUUGUGAAUUGUAUGCUUCUAAGUUGUUACGCUAUACAGUAGCGAAAAAAAGUCGUUAAACGACAAAUUCCUGAUUUUUUUUUCUUGUUUCUCUUAUAUCCAUGUUUAGUGUGGAAAUCACUUUCACGAAUUUGUUUGUUAAUUAUCUAAGGUGGUUUCUUCUCAAUAUGCACA